AUGCGUUACACAACCAUCACUCUCCUUGUUAUUGGUCUUCUCACAGGCAAUGCCUUGACUGCACCUGCUCCUCAAUUCGGUGGCGGCGGCGGCGGCUUCGGAGGUGGCCGUGGUGGUGGCGGUGGUGGUAGAGGUGCCGUAGGUGGUGCAGGCGGCGGCGGUGGCGGCCGAGGAGGCUUCGGCGGUGGUGGCGCCGGUGCUGGUGCUGGUGCUGGUGCCGGAGCCGGAGCUGGUGCUGCUGGUGCCGGCGGUGCUGGAGGAGCUGGCCGUGGAGGCGGCGGUGGCGGUGCCGGCGGCGGCAACAGAGGUCAGAACGCCGGCCAAAACGGAGCCGGCAACAACGCCGGCAACAACAAUGCCAAUGCCGGCAACGCCAACGCCGGCCAGAACAACAAUAACAACAACCAGGACAACGCCGCUGCGGACGAUGCCGCGGCUGAUGCCAACAAUGGCAACGCGAACAACAAUAACAACAACCAGAACAACCAGAACAAUGGCAACAACAACAAUAACAACCAGGACAACGCAAAUGACAAUGCGAACGCCGACGACAACGCCGAUCAAGCAGCGGACGCCGACGCGGCGGCCGACUUUGUUGGCCUGGCUUGCACCGAUGGAACUGGUGCUGGCGCUUGCCAAGCAGACGGCCAGUGCGAUGUCAAUGGCGACAUCAAGGUUGUCGCGGGUCAGUGUGGCCAGGCCGCUGCCGAUGCCUAA